UGCAGACAGUGCAUCACAUCCUUCUGGGCUCAGCCUAAUCAAGCAGGAUACUACGCUUGUCCAAAGUGCAGGAAACGAUUCAGGACACGCCCAGACCUAAAUUCAAAAGCACAGAUCCCACAACAAUCUCAACGAGUUUGCGCUAGUUCAGCCAAUGGGCCGACCCCCUGUGAUUUCUGCUUGACCCAAAAGGGCAGUGCUGUCAAGUUCUGCGUGACAUGCAUGGCUUCGUACUGUGAGACACAUGUCCGGCAGCACUACACUGUUCCGGUGCUGCAGACACACAGGCUGGUGGAGGCAGUGCCGUUACACCUGGAGCAGGUGAUCUGCCUGAGGCACAGCAGGGCACUGGAGAUGUUCUGCAGGACAGACGGCGUCUCCGUCUGCAGCCUGUGUGCAGUGCUGGAGCACAGACAUCACAACGUCCUGGUUGACAUACCUAAGCAGACCAAGACAUCAAAUUGCCCCAGGCCAGGUGCCCCCAUGGCAAGGGGCAGACAAACGCCUACUGUGGACGCAGAAAUGGAGAACCGUGAGCUGAGAAUGAAGAAUAAACUACAGCAAGAGGUCAUCCUGCAGCACAGGAAAGUUGAAGCCCACCAGAAGAGCAGAGAGGUGAAACGGGAUAAGAGGCACAAAGAGGAAAUACAGCAAAUUGCCCAGAGCAUAUCUGGUCUUGAGACGUGCAAUGCUAAGCUAAAGCGUCAUAACAAGAGUCUAAUGAAGAAAUUGGCCAAGCUGAAUAAGUCUUCUCAUCAGCCAAGCAGUGACCACCACCCCAUAGUACCAGUAGCCAAUCAUUGCAAAAGACAUCCCCUACCAGCUAGGGUUGUUCUGGACUUGGCCACAGCCCAUAGACGACUUAUGUUGUCGGAGGACAAAAGAAGCGUGAAGCUGGCGUGGUGUCCCAGGACCUCCUCGAACCGACAGCAGGGAUUGGACGGGCGGCCGUUUGUGCUGGGCAUGAGGGGCUUCUCCUCGGGGCGCCGCUUCUGGCAGGUUGGGGUGAACAACCGAUGGAUAAUUGGGGUUGCCAGAGCCUCCGCGCAGAGAACUGGCAACGUCACCUUCUACCCCAGUCAUGGCUACUGGUGCCUGAGUCGCAGUAUGCAGUUUUCAGCUUUGACGACUCCUCCUCUGAAGUGUCUGCCCGAGAGCUCGGUGCCCAGGGAACUGGGUGUUUGUCUGGAUGUCGAUGAGAGAUGGGUGUCUUUUUACAAUGCACAGUCCAAGGCUCACAUUUAUACGUUUACAAACAUGGAAUUUGGUGAUGGAGAGGAAAUCUAUCCUUUCUUCUCCACACACGAUGAAGAGCAAGAGAUUAAAAUAAGGAAGCAGCCUAUGCCACACUGUCCUGUGUUUGUGUCAGAUCAAAUAACAGUAUUGACAGAGGCAGUCACAAGUCCAGAUUAUGAUGAGUAG